GUAUUCUAAUAUUAGUUGUCUAUCUCCAUUUCCUCUCGAGUGACUCCGGAGAAGCUAAAAGAUGGUUUGUGAUAAAUGUCAAAAGAAGUUGGGAAAAGUCAUCACCCCAGAUCCAUGGAAAAGUGGAGCAAGAAAUACAACAGAAGGAGGCGGCCGUAAAGUGGGUGAAAAUAAAGCACUAACAGCGAGGAAAAACAGAUUUUCCCCUUAUGCUACAUUUGAGAAAUGUCGUAUUUGCAAAUCAUCAGUUCACCAGACAGGAUCACACUAUUGCCAGGGAUGUGCUUAUAAGAAAGGUAUCUGUGCAAUGUGUGGAAAGAAGAUCAUAGAGACAAAGAACUAUCGUCAAACGUCUGUGUGAUAGUGACAAUGGAGGUCAGACGUGUUAUUUAAAGACAGUGAACUAUCGCCAAACGUCUGUGUGAUAGUGACAAUGGAGGUCUGGCAUGUUAUUUAAAGACAGUGAACUAUCGCCAAACGUCUGUGUGAUAGUGACAAUGGGGGUCAGACGUGUUAUUUAAAGACAGUGAACUAUCGCCAAACGUCUGUCUGAUAGUGACAAUGGAGAUCUGACAGGUUCUUUAAAGACAGAAAAUUAUUGAUAGACUUCUGUGUGACCAUCGUAAUGUUAUUAUUCAAUGAAAAAUACCUAUAGUCUGAUGUCUAUAAAGUCUAUAUGAUUUGAGAGUAGCAACAGUCACAUUUGUAGCAGUAAAGAACUAGUGCCAGAACUCCAGUGUUAUUUCCAAGUCAGAUCUGUCAAAUAUUUAAAGUCCCUUAAUUUUGGAUGGAUUGUGAAACCACCAGGAUGUCAGACUUAAGGUUUCUAACAAAUGUUUUGUAGAAAAUCACAUCAGAGAGGGCAAUUUGCUGGGGUUUUGUGGUGGAGGAUUGGAUAUAUUCGGUUGAUACCAAUUAAGUUGAGUUAAAAAUUGGACGAUUAGAAAUCGGUUCAGAUGAUGUCAUCCCUCUAUUUGAAGGGUGCAAAAGUAUAUCCUGUUUGUUGCCGUUCAAAUUAUGUGUAGCAUUUUCAAAAUCAAUGUAAAAUCCCACAUCGCCAGUAAUAAUGUUAAAAUUACCUAUACACGUAUUGUGUUUCUGUCUUGUUUCUUUUUAUCUCUUUCUUUUAAUCAUUCUUUCAUACUAAUCUCAUGAUACAAUGGAAGGCUGCUUUGGAGUACAAGGACUAAAGUACAUCUCCUUGCCCAACACCAAAUAUUUCCUUAUAAUACUAGUCUAUACAUCUUACCGUAGUAUCUUUUGGCGUAUUCAAAGCAUGAAAUCUCUGGCUUUUGGUCAGCCUAGCAUGUCAUACGCACCUCUGACUACUAUAAACACUCUACUGAGCCUGUUUAGUCUACAUACUUAAUGUAAGGAAGAAUUUGGUAGUGAGCAAGGAGAUGCACUUUGACUUUUGUUUUUUAAGUAUAAAGGCAUUGUGGGAUAAGUAUGAAACUUUCACAAAUUAAAUAUCAUAUAAUAAUGUAUAUGCCAAGUUUAGUGCUUAUCCCAAAAUGCCUUUCAUUUACAAUAAGUACUGUACAUAAGCACUUUCUACAUUAGCAGCUGUGCUUCAUACUGCCAUUCUGGAUGUUUGAGUUGCUCAUUAGUUUCUGUCUUUUUAAAUCCAAACUUUUGAGCAGCUAAAGGGAUACUCGGUUCUUUUCCUUGGAUUACAAAUGCUGACUGAAGCCUCUGUGUUUUCAUUUUACUUAGUUUUUUUCAAUUUUGCAUUCUGUCUUUGCGUAUUGCAGAGUUAUCUUCUCUUGUGAGCA